AUGCGUAGCUUUGGUGUGCUUUUAGCCGGCCUGGCGCUGGUGUGUGUCGCCAGCGGCUGCGAGGCAUACUCGCUGCAUAGCGAGAGCAGCUCCUUGAUGGAACUGCCGUUCUUCAAAAAGAAAUCCGCCGAUAAGUCGGAUGCUAAAUCGAAGGACAAAUCUGGCGGCAAAAAGAAGCGCGGCCUAUGGACGAAGCUACGCGGCUCCGUCAAGAGGAAGCGAGAGGAAAAGCAGCCGGCGGAGGACAGCGACGACGAAAGCCCCGAAGAGUUCAAAAAGAAGCGCAAGGAAAGCUGGAUAGAACGUAGAAAGCAUAAGAGGCAGAAGCGCGACCACAAGAAGAGCAAAAAGCCCAAAUCGCAUAGCGACGACUCUCCCUCAGAAGAUGACGAGCCGCAUCAUGAGCGCCAUCACAAAGAGGUCACCGACGAGAUCCACGAACACAUCGAGGAGGACCAGAAAGAGCCUGAUCGCGUGGUAGGAGAGGUAAAGGACGCCUUGCAUACGAUAUCCUCCAACGUCAAGAAGAGUCUGAUCAGCUCCAUCGCCGACGACAUCGAUAACGCCUGGAAGAAGCUUCUCAUGCGAGCCAAAAAGUGA